AUGGUUGUAGAAGGAUACGACAAGCUGGCAGCCUUUCUGGGCUCGCACCCUGAGUUCCAGUACUUCCGCCGAUUUUCCACCCUCAAUACCAAAAACCUUCUCUACUUACAGGCCGAACUGGCAAAUCUUGAACAGGAGCUGCAGGAUAUUAUCCAAGAAGACAAGGAGCUCGCCGCUCAGGAAGAAAAGAAACGAAAAUACCCCUUCUCCGUGUGGCACCUAAAAAGUUCAGCCAAUGACCCAAGCGUGGACUCGUACCAGUGGGAUAAGGUCAAAGAAGUACGGGAGCUGUUACACCAAUACAAUGCUGCCCUGCUCCAACAAUCACAGAUCAUGGACUUUGGGGCUCCGGCAAAAGUAGAGGCUGCUGGACUGAGGGAGUGGCUGCGUCGCCCCGAAUGUGGAGGCGGAAGUAUCCAAAUGCUCACUGAGAAGGACGUGUGGAAUGAAGCCAACGAAGGCGAUAUGAUUGCAAUUUGUCGUCAGCAGCAUGAAGUCGACAACUUUACCAAAUGGGUCUAUACUGACUUCCUGAGCUGGUUCCAUAAUAACUGGGGACAUCGAGAAAAGGACAAAUAUGACGUCGAGAUGGGGGCACGGAUAUACGACUAUCACGCUAUCCAAUCUUAUACCUACGCUGCCAGCAUUCUCAUCUCCGGGGUAUUGCCAGCGUCCUCAAUCGUCGUCCUUUACCUCCUGAAGGGUGCGACUGCAAAGCUGAUGGUAGUUUUUGUGUAUAACUUGGUGUUUUCUUGGGUGCUGGGUUUUCUGGUCAAGGCCAGGAGGGCGGAAAUCUUCGCCGCAGCCGCUGCGUGA